AAACUGCUGCGGGACGUCAACAACCCACAAGUACCCUCUCACAACCCACGCUGAGGUGCCGAAUGGGAUGCCACCAGGCCGACACCCGCCUCCUGCCAGCUCCAGCCUGCUGCUUCUGCAGUGAACUGUGCCAUUACAUUACAUUUAUUUGGCAGACGCUUUUAUCCAAAGCGACGUACAAUGAGUGCAUACCGGAGGUCAUUGGAACAACUACAAAACGGGUCUGAUAAGGGUGGAGCGGAAGAGCAAGUUCCCCAGUAUACCAUUCACAGAUCAUACUCGCUGAGCGUCAGUUUGCUGCUCAGACCAGGAACAGCGCCCCUGUUUGAACGAUGAAGGCCAUGCUCCACGCUUUCAGUUUCUUCCUGAUCUGUGUGUUGGCCUACUACGUCGCCGUGGUCAUCCAGAGGGAAGAGAAGCAGUCCCCGGGGAAGCACAGCGAGAGCCCCCACAGGAGCCAGAAGGCCAGCGGCUCCGCCCCUGCGCCGGUGGAAGAGCCCCCGCUGCCACUCCGAGAUGCGGAACGCCAGGCAGAUGUGCCGGUUGGAGACCCCGCGGCGGAAGAAGAGAACCAGCAGCUGCCGUCGCUCCAAGGCGUGACGACGGCUCCAGACCACGACGCGGAUGUGCCGGACGAAGUUCCCGGGGGUCAAGAAGAGGAGAACCAGCAGCCACACCCCCUGGCCCGAGGCUGGGGUGCCGACAUUGACUGGGUCGAGACGUAUGAGGAAGGCCUCAAGGUGGCCAAAGCCAGCCAGAAACCUCUCAUGGUCAUUCACCACCUGGAAAAUUGUCCCGUAUGCAAAGACUUGAAAGCAGCGUUCUCCAGCCAUGAGGAGAUUCAGAGGAUGGCGAAGGAGGACUUCAUCAUGUUUAACCUGGUGCACGAGACCGAAGACCGCAAUCUCGCCCCUGACGGCUACUAUGUUCCCAGGAUCCUUUUCAUCGACCCAGCAAUGGUGAUCAGAGCUGAUAUCGCUACAAAGAGCGAGAACUACAGAUACAGCUACACACAUAACGAUAUGCAGCUAUUGAUGGAAAACAUGAAGAAAGCGAAGACACCUCCUGAACAAUCUGAACUGUAGCCUCCCUCCCAGUGGCUCGCCACCAUCAGCACCAGCUAGCAGAAGCCCAGGGAAUCUUUCUGGCUUUGUCCGUAGAUAAUAAAUGUAUUUCAAAAGG